AUGUCUGAUAACGUUGAAAUUGUAAAUCCAAAUGAACAAAGAAAAUGUUCAUUUUAUACAAUUCGAUCGUAUUUUAUUCUUUUAUGUUUCAUUGUCUUAUGUCAAUCAAUGAUCACAUCUGCAUAUUUAAGUUCGAUUAUUUCUUCAAUUGAGAAUUAUUAUGGAUAUUCAACAGAAUUAAUUGGCAUUGCUCUGAGUUCAUAUGAUCUCAUUUCAGUUAUUUCAAUUCCUUUAUUUUCUUUCAUUGGUUCGAGAUUUAAUCGUGCAAAAUUAAUCUCUUUUGGCUCAUUUUUCUUUGCAUUGGGAAAUAUUUUGUUUAUUUUACCAUAUUUUAUCAAUGGUUAUGAUAUUAAUCAAUUGACCAAUCAAACGAAAAAUUCGUCAUUCGAUGAGUUUUGUUCUUCGAAUAUUUCAAUUGAAUCUCUUUAUGAACCUUUCACACGACUUUCUCCAUCUUGGUCCUAUUAUGUGAUCAUUCUAUCAAUGAUUAUCAUGUCGAUAGGUUCGAGUCCAUUUUAUACUUUGGGAAUUACCUAUUUAACUGAUCAUUUGAAUAAAGAUGAUCAACCGAUUUACACAGGAAUUUUGUAUGGAAUGGUCGCUUUGGGACCUGGAAUUGGUUUCGUUUUGGGUUCAUAUUUUGGAUCGAAAUGGAUAAAUAUAAAUGAUGAAAUCGAUUCGUUUGAUUUGAAUAAAAAUGAUCCUCGAUGGAUUGGAAGAUGGUGGGCGGGAUUUUUAAUUUCCUCGACCUUGUUGUUUCUUCUUUCCAUAAUUUUAUUUACAUUUCCAUCUUCUUUAUCAAAUCAUUCUCAAUUACAACAAACAAAUCAAAAUGAAUCUUCAACAAAUUUUCAAGUUUUUCGCAAGAAUCUCAUUGAAUUAUUGAAAAAUGUCACAUACAUCUCCAUUUCAUUGAUCAAUGCAAUUGAAAAUAUUUUAGUUGUUUUAUUUACAACAUAUUUGAUCAAAUACAUUGAAUCAGUAUUUAAUUAUUCCUCAUCAUAUUCGAGUAUCUUAACAGGAUUAAUUUUAUUACCAUCAGCUAUACUUGGAACAAUCUCAGGUGGAUUUUUAGUUCGACGUUUUCAUUUAACAAUCUUUGGUUGCAUUAAAUUGAUCUUUAUAUCAUGUUUGAUUUCUUUGAUAAGUUUAAUUUUGAUUUUAUUCUUAAAAUGUCAAUCAAAUAUUCGAUAUUCAUUUGAUGAUCAAUGUUCUCAAAAGUGUCAUUGUUCCUCAUUGAUUUACGAACCAGUUUGUUAUGAAAAUCAAAUCAAUUAUCUUUCUCCAUGUUAUGCAGGUUGUACAAACAAAAAUCAAACGAAUUAUCUGAAUUGUCAUUGUUUAUCAAAUGGAACGAUGGUUGAAAAAGGUUUAUGUGAGAAUAAUUGUCAAAUGGAAUUGAUAUUUUUCUUUGUAAUUUUAUUUUUGGUGACAUUUUUCGAAACUUUAAUGGCAACACCACAAUUAAUGAUUAUUUUACGUUCGACAACAGAAUCUUUGCAAUCAUUUGGAUUGGGUUUAGAAAAUUGUCUGAUGAAGAUUCUUUCUCAAAUUCCAACACCGAUUUUAUUUGGAAUUUUGAUUGAUAAACAAUGUUUAUUUUGGUCGAAAUCGUCACUAUUUAAUCAUUCAACAUCGUGUUUGAUUUACAAUCAAAAGCAAUUUUCAUUUACUUUAUUUUUGACGAUCACUCUUAUCAAAACGAUUUCGUUUUUCUUUAUUUUAUUUUUAUUUUUAUUUCAUUGGAAAAAACAGAAAAGCCUUUUAAUAGAAAAUCCUGGAGAGCGAGAACAUCUUUUAAAUAAUUCAUCGACAGAUAUUCAAUAA